AUGUCCAUCACCACCUCCGCUCCUAUAGCCCUUUCCUCCAAGGCGAGCUCGGACCUUCAGCAACUCCUCGAUCAAACCACCAAGGGCGACUACCCUGGUGUGGUCAUCGGCCUCAUCAACACUGCCGGCGACGAGCUCUUCCUCGGCAGCAGCGAAGGCACAACCGUCGAUUCGAUCUUCUGGAUCGCAUCGUGCACCAAGCUCAUCGCCUCCAUCGCUGCCCUCCAACUCGCGGAGGCAGGCAAGUUGACUCUCGAUGGCAGUCUCGCCGAUAUUGCCCCCGAGCUGAGUCAUCGACCCAAGUACGUCAACUCGGACCCUAACGACCUUACCACCGAGCCUGCCAAGCGGGACAUCACGCUGAGGCACCUCUUGACGCACACCUCGGGACUGCGUUAUGCCGUCUUUGACCCCAAGACGGCCCACUGGCUGGAGACGGCCCACCCGGGCGGCUCUCAGUUCGCACCGCUCGACAUGCCCCUCUCCUCUGAGCCAGGCGAGGCAUGGGCGUACGGCAUGAGCAUGGAGUGGGCUGGCCAUAUCAUAGAGCGUGUGUCAGGAAUGUUGCUGGGUGCCUACGUCGAAGACCACAUCCUGGCCCCGCUCGGUAUCAAGGACGCCACAUUCCAGAUCGAAACAAGGGACGACCUGAAAGCCCGUUUGGCUGGUCUGCAUGCGCAUACUGGCGAGGGCUUCACUGAGAUUCCGUACCCCGAGCCUCUCAUGCGGCCCCAGUACGAGUCAGGCGGUGGAGGCAUGUUCGCAUCCCCGAGGGCCUAUCUUGCAGUCCUGUCUGCCGUGCUGAACGGAGGUGUGUCCCCUACCACCGGGGCCCGGAUCCUGAAGGCGUCUACGGUCGAUGAGAUGUUCAUCCCCCAGACCCUCAACGUUCCUGACCAAGGCGCGCUCGGUAGCGGGAUCUUACCCACUGCCAUGCCCGCCUUCAGCCGUCCUAUACCUCUCGGAUCUGGGAAGGCUUGGACGCUCUCCCACCUGACCAACCUGGAGGAGGAGAAGGGCAAGUCAGCAGGUUCGGCCGAAUGGUACGGCCUCGCCAACUGUUACUGGACCAUCGACAGACAGAAGGGCGUGGCGGCCAUUGCAUUCAGCAACGCGCUGCCGUUUGGACGUGAGUUAUAA